GAGCUAUUCAAAAUAAAUUACACGAUGUUUGUGUGUAAAAAGGUUUUGAUAUUCUCUGUCUCUCUCGCAUAUAUUGUAAAUGAUUGACGAUGCCACUCAGAUCAAGGUCUGCGGCUGCGGGGCUAAUAAACCCUCGCUUUUCAUACAACAUAAUACAUAUACUAAAGUCGCACCGAUCGAAAAGCUCAUUUUGCAUUUUUUUGUUGAUCGCCAGUCCACGGUGAGCGGCCAACUGAAGCGGUAGCAAUGCAGCUCCAUCUGAUAGUUGUCUUCUAUUUGGCACUUGUUGCACCACUGAAAUUUGUUGUGGUGCAAGCGCAAAAGCUUUUGCCUGAACCACCCACAUUUAUAAAGCCUUGCGCACUGAAGGAUAGCCAGAGUAACGACUGCUUGGCUAGGAAUAUUGAAAACAUCUUUCAACACUGGCGGAAUGGCGUGCCGGGCCUCAGCGGUGUUGGCUCUCUGGAUCCAUUUCGGGUGAAUCGCUUGCGCAUUGCCCAACGAGUGCCACCAAAUGUGGAUGUGCGUGUGGAGUUGCGAAAUAUGACCACAGUGGGUCUCAGCCAGGCCAAGAUACUGAACAGCACAACGUUGUACAACACUGGUCACUAUAAUCUUGGCUUUCAUGUGCAUCUAACACAAAUCAAUUUGACGAGCAAAUACAAGCUCAAAGGGCAUGUACUCCUACUCAAUCUUAAUAGCACCGGCAUUUUGACCUCCGAGUUGGACAAUCUGGAGUUCUAUGUGGCACUCAGAAUGCAGCCACAGCAGGCAGAGGGCAUCACAUUCAUGAAUGUGAACGCAAUUAAGACGGAUAUCGCACGCAUCGACAACAUUCGCAUUAAUCUAACAAAUCUAUUUAAUGGCAACAAGGAACUGGAACGUAGUGCCAACGAGAUCUUCAAUGAGAAUUGGCGCGUUCUGUUUGAAAUCUUACGUCCCGUGCUGACCCAAACUUUUGACAGUGUUCUGGAGGAUCGAUUUACUAAAGUAUUUCGUUAUUUGCCAGCCAAGUAUUUGUUCAAGGACGUUGAAUAAUUAUUUUAAGCUCAUUUAAAAAAAGUCGAUUUGCCCAAAGUACAUUAGCAUAGAAAAACACUUAAAUCUGGCUCUAAAGCUCACAAAUACGAGAGACAAAUAUUAAGUAUACGCCUCACAAAUAAAAUAGCUCUUAAACAUAAAUUAUCAGCUUUAUUCAAAAAAAUACAAAAUAGUGACUUGAAAAUACCCUAUAAUGCAUAUGGGGGUAUAUAUCCAUAACAUGCUUGCUUUCUUAGCUUGCUUAUGUAGAAUUACAUAUAUACCUCUAUGAUAUAUUGAUGAAUUAUCUUUACUAUAGCUAAGUCGCUUAAAGCAUAUCUGGUUGUACAUCCAUAAGAGGUUUGAUAGAGUGUAAUAGCUAGAGAGUUGAAACUUUAAAUAUUUGUUACAACUUAUUAACUUUUUCUAGUUAUUGAUUGUCAAUAAUAUUCGAGAAAUAUAAAAGCGAAAACUUACUUUU